UGUGUGUGUGUGUUAUUGCUGUGAUUGUGAUGCUGCUGCCCUCUGUGGAUCAUCACACUCAUCACACAGACAUGACGCCCCUGUUCAUCUGAAGCUUUAUGAUUAACUUAUGAUUAACUGGAGUUUGGGAAGAAACGCGCAGAAAGAUGCCGCAGAAGACGCUGUGCUCCGCCGUGGGGCUUCUCUGCGCAGCGGCGUGUUUAGUUCAGGGGAAGGAGUUUUGUUUCGGCGUGAACAAUGAACAGUACCGCUGUGAGAUGGGCUACUGCUGUGGGGAGACCGAGUGCUGCACUUACUAUUAUGAGCUGUGGUGGUUCUGGCUGGUGUGGACCCUCAUCAUCAUGCUGAGCUGCUGCUGUGCGUACAGACACCGGCGGGUGAAGAUGCGACUCCAGCAGGAGCAGAGACAGCGAGAGAUCAGCCUGAUGGCCUAUCAGGGGGCGUCCAGUUCCUUCAUCACUCCUGCUCCCCUCAACCUGCGCUUGUGGACGGACUGUAAGCUGCCGGACUAUGAGGAGGUUCUGGCUCAUCCUCCGACGCCUCCUCCACCGUACUCCGAGUCUGUGGACCCGCAGAACCAUCAGAACCCACAGGACCCGCCCGCACCGGUUCCGGAGCAGGAGAACAGCCGGCGCCGGCAUGUGACUGGGGACUCGGGCAUCGAGGUGUGUGUGUGCCGGCUGGACCAGGGCCCGGAGGAGGCCGAGGGGUGUCAGGGAGCGGCCGGCUGCUGUUCCAGCGCUGGGAAAGAUCCAGCAGAACCACAACUAGAACCUGAGCGCCUUGUGUGAACGAUCACGAGUGAGAGACUCUGAGCUUCUGUUUCCCAGCAUCCCUCACGCUUUCCUCGACUGAGCCACUGCUCGUUUCUCACCAUGACUGCGGCCCACACACACACACACACACACACACACACACACAGAGUGUAAAGGGCAUGUGUGUUUUCCUGAAGAUCCCAUGAGCGCUGAGAGAGCAGAUCAGCUGAUCGUCUCAUAGGUGUGUGUGUGUGUGUGUGUGUCUGGAAGAUUGUGGCCUUUCGCACUGCUACUGUUAACCUGUGUGUGUGUGUGAAUGACAUCAUCAGCGUCACAUGACUCUGCCUCAGCGUUAUGAUCUAGUUUAUUAGUAAAGCACAGACGCGAGCUGCGUGUCGUAGGGCCUCGGGCUGAUAGUUGCAUGACGGUUCUGUGUGAAUCACGUGACGUUUUCCUGCAUUAAGGGCUAAAAUCAAUAUCAUGUUUCAGAAUGUUUGCUGUCGUUCUCGCGCUUGUGUCCCAUCAUCCCUGUGUGUUGCACUGAAGGACGUGUCGUCCUCACACUUCUCCGACGCAAAUCCUGCAAAGUUUACAGAUUCUGUGCCUUUUUCCCACUGGAGAACCAGAUUAAUUCACUAACUAGGCUAUGCAAAACACCCGGACGCAUCAGCAACGGCGCUCGUGUCCGGCGUGAUCAUCUCCAGACGGCCUCUUCUCCGCCCGCGGCGCUCGUUUGUGGUUUCUUAGUUUGUGUACUAACUCAAUAACUGUCCGUUGUUGGUGAACGCCUCGGUUUCAGAUGGACUCAUCCAGGAACUGUGAAACCUGAGGCGUCAGAUGAUUUCUUUUGUUCAAAUGUGUGUUUAAUAAUAAGUGACGUUUAACAUCAAGCCGAAUCACAGCGCCAGCUCUUCUGUAAAGCACGUCGAGGUGUUCGGACUUCAUACUCGUUUCUUAUCGUGGAGCUGAGGUGUGUAAUGCACAUCUGAGCGUCCGUCAGGGUUGCGUACUGCAGAUGAUGAUGAUGAUGAAGAUGCUCAGACCUACAGCCGUGUUUGGUGUGUAAUUGCAGCACUGACAGCCGUGUGGCGUUUCUACUGACGCGUUAUUUAGUAAGACGUCUGCUGUGUCUAUAGUCAUUUGUAUUUUAUUUUUGUAAUAAAAACAAUAAACCAGCUUUGGCACUCA